AAUCAUCUGGCGAUAGUUUGACCUUCAAGUGCUCGCAAUCUUCGUCAGCGGACGAUACCCUGAAGCGUUGCCAUUUUACUGUCCUCCAACUAUGUCGAAACUAUUCGAUUUUCGUAGUUUAGUAUCGUAGCUGAGAGCCGCUGAAGGUCUUUAGUUGGGUCUACGUCCACUGGCUUCGAAGGAAGUACAUGUGAAUGCAUCACACAACAUACCGUGCUAGAAGUCAAUUCCGGAAUUCGAUACUUUUCUUUCAUGUCUAUACCCAAAAGGUUAGUAUUGCAGUGCUAUGAUUUAUGGAGGAAUCAGUGAAAUGCACUCACUAUGUUCAUAGCAGGAAAAUUGGCUUAUACAGUUUCAGUUUCACUCAUGUCCUACUUCAUGAAAGCUUUUAUGAAGUAGGGACCAAUUGUGAGAUUAAUCUCCCGUUUGGGGAAAUCCACAAAGUCCAAUGGCCUUCCAUUAAGUUUUGGGGGAUAUUGGGGAAAACCCGAUAUGUUAGGGAAGUUCCCCAGUUCUGAAUAAAUUUUGGGAUUUUGGUUCUAUUUCCCCAGAAUGUUCUAUAACGGCUUCCCCAAAACAAGUCGAGUUUUCCCAAAAUUAGGAGAUUGUGAAAUGUCCUUUAUCUACGAAUGUCCGAUAACACUGCUCGAGAAACAAUACUACCAGGCUCUGUCUAUUUGUAGCGUAGUAGGAUUAGACCGAAAAUAAAUCAACAGGUUGAUUUUGUCACAAAAGCAGAUCUUUACACUUUACGUAUGUUGGGUUAUAACUUCCAAAUUUUGGGGAAAAAUUUGUCUGUCUUAGGGAAAUUUUGGUAAAGCCGUUAUAGACAAUUUUGGAGGAAAGACACAAAACCCUAAAAAUUUCCCCAAGUUUUGAGAAAUUCCCCAAAAACUGAGGGAAAACCUCAAAAUCAGCAGGUUUGGUACAGCAAAAAUAUCACUAAGAUUAGAUAACAUUCAGUGAGAAUUCGGAUGGGUUAGGAGUUUAGAUGGCUUUUUCUAGUCCUGAAGAUGGGGACCCUGGUCCGAUUUUAUUUCGAAUGCGUUGAUAAAUGAUGCUUCCACCAUAUCAUAAACUGAUUUCUACCGGCUGAUGGUUUGAUGGGAAAGUUUGAACUCAAGUGACUAGUAUUUAGUCCCGGGAUCACUAAUUUUUUAGAGUAUUGUAAAUUUUGAUCGACAUGAAACAUGAUGCAACGUCUGAUAUAGAGUUAUUGUUGAUUAGUUUGAAGACCGUGAUUACCACCUCUAACGGAAUGAAUAAGUUUAAUUUGUCCAGUCUCAGCAUAGACCAUGUUUGAGGUUUCGGGAAUCUGUUCAGCUACUGCUUCUUGAAACCUUCCCAACAGCUCACUAUCUCUUUCAAACAGGUUAACUUUUCGUCUUAAAUGGCUGAUAAAUUAUGUCCUAAUUUUGCAAUAAGACUCAUUUGUUGUUUUGAAGUAUUCGUAAAGAUACCAAAUGGCAGUCCGUUUUAGGUUUUAAUAUUCCAUAGUAGUUGGUUUUAUAUCGAUAGCUUGAUAGGUAAUCCACUGGAUCUUCAAAUAUUAGAUCCGUGGUUUUAAAUUUAUCCGUGCCUACUCAUAAAGGUAGUCGAAUAGUAUUACCAGUUCUAACACAGAAAUUGUGACUCGAAGCGGAGUAUAUGAAUGUUUACUAGGUUUAUUGGGCUCAAUUGGUGUUUACAUUCAGUUCCAUACUGCACUAAUUAGUCAGAGGAAGCACGUCAAUCGCAUCAAACCAUAUUAUUAUUUUAUGGGUUAUGGUCCUGCGAUCUAAUUAACUGACUUUUGUCCGAAAAUAUCGUUUUUUCUAAUUGGGUCUGGACAUCUUUGCAGUAUCGUGAUUUAUUACAUGACAAACCGUUGUCUCUUGAUAGUGGACAGUUACUACAGCUUCGCUUUAUAUCUACUCGUGUUCCUGUUAGCUUUUUUAUCACUUUUUUGUCCCAUAUAUUCAUCUCACCUUGAUACACAACGUGAUAAAUUAGACUGGGACACAUUCAUAUAAACUUCUUUAUUAUUUGUUUUAUUCAUUUUUUUGCAUCACGAAAUAAAUAUUAUUAUGCAUUUUUGUGAAAGCAAAUAUUCUGUUGAUAUUCUAUAUGGUGUUUUAGAAGUUAGUGGAACAAUGUUUUAACAUAACGUAUCUUGGUCUCUUUUCAAAUACUGUUAAUAAAGAAGCUCAUAUGCUAUUUAAUACAUGUUCCUUGUCGGAGAGAUCAUCGUGGUCAAAACAUUGUCCACAGUUCGAUAAUAUCCAAUUGAAAUGUCUACCGAUCGACAAUGGAUCCAAUAGUAUACGAUCUGUACCGAAUGCUUGUUUCACACGUGUCAGUCCAACCAGAAUAGACAAUCCCCGUGUAGUUUUAUUUUCUCUUGAUGCACUUAGUUUGCUAAAUAUUCGUCAUGAAGUUAACCAUCUUGAUGAACAAAACUGUAUAGAGAAAACAGGAGAAACAAAUCAUCUAGUUGAAUAUUUGUCAGGAAACAAAUUAUGGCCUGGUAGUGAUCCCACAGCUCAUUGUUAUUGUGGGUAUCAAUUUGGUAGUUUUGCUGGUCAACUUGGAGAUGGUGCAGCAAUUUCACUUGGUGAAGUGAUCAAUAAACAAGGUGAACGUUGGGAAUUACAAUUGAAAGGCUCAGGUUUAACUCCAUUUUCUCGGCAAGGUGAUGGAAGAAAAGUAUUACGUUCCAGUUUACGAGAGUUUCUAUGCUCUGAGGCAAUGUAUUAUUUAGGCAUUCCAACUACUCGAGCUGCAUCAAUUAUCACAUCUGACACUCUGGUUCAACGUGACAUGUUUUAUACAGGUGAUAAUAUCACUGAAAAAGCCAGUAUAACUAGCAGAGUAGCUAAGACAUUCAUCAGGUUUGGAUCUUUUGAAAUAUCUAAGUCCCCAGAUCCAAUUACUGGGCGUUUCGGACCAAGCGUUGGUAAUUUGACAAUUGUAUCACAACUUACUAAUUACGUAAUACAGCAAUUUUAUCCUCAUAUUUGGUCAGAAUAUUCAAAUGAUAUUAUUAAUUGUUAUGUGGAAUUCUUUAAAGAAGUAGUGAAACGUACAGCUAACCUAGUCGCUCUUUGGCAAACUGUUGGAUUUUGUCAUGGUGUAUUAAAUACAGAUAAUAUGAGUAUUAUUGGCUUAACAAUUGAUUAUGGACCAUUUGGUUUUAUUGAUCAGUUCACUUGGGAUCAUAUAUCGAAUACAUCGGAUCCAAAUGGACGUUAUUCAUAUGCUCAACAACCAAGUGUUUGUGCAUGGAAUUUAGCUCGUCUAGCUGAAUGUUUAAUUCAAGCAUUAAUUGAUCAACAGAAAUGUUCAUCUGAUAAAACAACGAAUAAAGAAUGCAUAUUUGUUGAUAAUCUUACAAAAAAAUUCACUAAUGUUUUGGAUACUACAUAUUUGUCUUGUUUUAAAAGUGUCUAUUUGGAAAGAAUGCGUAAAAAGUUAGGUUUGCUUUAUGCCAAGGAUGAAAUAGAUACAGAACUUAUUCAAAAUUUGUUUAAUACAAUGGAAAUGACUGGUGCUGAUUUCACAAAUACAUUUUUAGCUUUAGAAGAUACUUUAUCACAAGUUGUAUAUCAAAAUAAUGCAGAUUUAUUAAAACCUGAUCUGAUUGUUCAAGAAUGUUGUAGUUUAAGUCAAUUACAAGAAACAUUUGAACCGACUAAUAUGGAAUUACAUCGUCAACUAUCUGCAAAAUUUACUGGUAUUCGUGAAAAUAUCAUAGAUCAACUAGAAGAAACGAAAAUUUUGAAAAGUAAGGAGAAAGAAAAACUGUACAAAGAACUAGAGCAUAUGACAGAACAAGAAUACCAAGAGAGAAAUAAACGUCUAUGGUCUAUUUGGUUACAAGCAUACGAAGAACGUUUAAAAAUUGAUUUCGAAGGGAAUAAUGAUAAUACCAAAACACAAUUCUCUGAACGUUUAAAUUUAAUGCAGUCUGUAAAUCCUCGAGUAGUUCUACGUAAUUAUCUUGCCGAAGAAGCUAUUAAAUCAGCUGAUAAAGGAGAUUAUACAGUUGCACAACAAUUAUUCAAUUCAUUGACCACACCUUUUAAAAAUCCUGAUAUGUCUUUGAAUAACGAGUCUUUUCAUCUUGUAUCCCGGGUUAAAUACCGUCCUCCUGAUUGGUCUCGUAAACUACGUGUUUCUUGUUCAUCUUAACAUCCAUCCACAGUGUAUUUUAAUAUCUUGCUUCAAUAUACGAUACUCCCAGAUGUUCAACAAUUUGGUUUUAAAUUUCAUUACCAAAUACAUCAAAAACACUAAAUAUUAUACCUUUGUUUCAUACUAUCACUCAUUUGUGUCAAGUUACUGUGUUGUUUAGGAGCUGUAUUUUGUUAGUUGACUUCCGAUUCUGUUGUGCUUCCAAAAAGAAAAGAAUAUGUUUUUGAUUUGUGUUGAUGUUUGUGUGAUCAGGCCGUUACCACAAAAUUAGUUGUACUAUCUAGUUUGUUAGUUGAUUAGUUUGUUCAUAUUUGUUUUAAGACCAGUGACCUUCUUCAUCAAAUUGUAUAACAACUAAUAAACAAUAAUCAAUAACU